GAAGUGAAACUUCGUGAUGAUCAGUAUACCCUUGACCACAUGCGUGCUUUUGGCAUGUAUAAUUAUCUUCACCUUGAUUCCUGGUACCAGGAUAAUGUCUACUACGUUGAUCAGUUUGGAAGGGUAAUGAAUCUGUCGGUGACUCUGGACACUGCUCUACAAAAGCCGAGAGAAGUUUUCAGGCUGCCUACAGACAUGACAGCUUACGACGAUCGCCUUUGUGCCUCAAUACAUUUCUCCUCUUCGACAUGGGUUACCCUUUCUGAUGGUACAGGAAGACUCUAUUUAAUUAAAUCAGGCAAGCGUGGAAACAGUGCCUCUGAAAAAUGGGAGAUUGUGUUUAAUGAAGAACUAGGAAGUCCAUUUAUUAUAGCACACAGCGUUUCCUUUGUAAAAUCUGAUACACAUUCAAUAGCUGUGUUGUUGCUUAGGGUAGAAAAAGAUGAAUUGGACACAAAAGGAAGUGGAUUUCAUAUUACCUUGGAAUGGGUUACAAUUACAGAGAUACACAAAGAGGGUGAUCAUAGGUAUGAAAUCUUUAAAAGGAGAGUUUUACAAGGAAAAUCAGUCCCCCAUUAUGCAGCAAUAGAGCCGAGCGGGGAUGGUCUAAUGAUUCUUUCCUACAAACCAUUCAAAUUUAUGCAAGAUGAAGACAACGAAUUAGAAGAAAAUGAUGACACAAAAGCAACAAAUGAAAAGAAAGACCCUCUCUAUUACUGGCAGCAGACUGAAGAUGAUGUGACAGUAACAGUUCAUGUUCCUGAAGACAUCACUAAGGAUGACAUAAAAGUACGCUUUUUCCCUGAUAACAUAUGUGUUGCACUGAAAGACGAGUCUCCUUUGAUAGAAGGAAAACUCUAUUCAUUUGUGGACCAUGAAAGCUGCACGUGGAUAAUUAGAGAGGACAAAAGUUUGGAAAUUUCUCUAAUUAAGAAAAAUGAGGGACUUCGGUGGCCAGAGCUAAUAGUUGGUGACACAAGAGGGGAAUUCAUUAUGGACUCUGCUCAGUGCUCUGAAAUAGCUGAAAGCCUGAUGCAUCUUACCUCUGAAGUCAUGAAUCCAAACCCUGAAAAGGAAAACCCUCCUUGUAACGCCCAAGAAUUAGAAGAAUGUGAUGCUUUUCUUGAAGAUGGCGCAAGCUUAUGUAGAUUUGAUGGUGAUACCUUGAAAGUCACUCAUGUAAUUCAUCUUGGAAGCAACCAGUAUCUUUUCUCAGUUGUUGUGGAUCCCAGAGAAAUGCCAUGUUUCUGCCUGAGGCAUGAUGUUGAUGCUCUUCUCUGGCAGCCUCGCUCUGACGAACCAGAGAACAUGUGGGAACACAUUGCAACUUUUAAUGCUCUAGGUUAUGUUCAAGCAUCAAAGCAAGACAAGAAGUUCAUGGCUUGUGCUCCAGAUUAUUCCUACGCUGCUCUUUGUGAGUGCAUGCGGCGAGUUUUCAUCUACCGUCAGCCAACUCCUCUGUCCACAGUUCUCUACAACAGGAAAGAAGGAAGACAAGUAGGACAGGUUGCUAAGCAGUUGGUAGCAACUCUGGAAGCCCAUGAUCCUAUCUUAGGCUUUCAAGCCACAAGUGAGAGAUUAUUUGUUCUCACAACAAAAACCAUGUUUUUAAUAAAAGUGAACUCUGGAAAUUAAUUAUUUAGUAUAUCCUUCUGUAGCUUGUGUUCAUUUGUUAAAGAACUAGCUAAAUGAUCGGAGAAGUUCAGUGCAAUUUGAAGUUUGAGAAGGAGAUAUUUUACAGGGGAUUC